AUGGCGGACUUCAAGUUCAAUUUUGCGUCACCAGAAAGCGAUGAAGAAGCAGAUAUUUCCCAGGAAGAAAUUCACCCCUCUUUAUUCCCACGCCCUGAAACUUUACGUUCAGCAAAGGAGAUCGUAAUUCCGUCUGAUAUUUCGUCGUUUUUAUCUUCAAAAGUUGAUGAAUUGGCCAUUGGCGAUGGCGGCUUCAGCAUCAAACAUGUUUGUGAAGAAAGCGUUGAACAAAAUCUGAAAGAGAAGCAAGGAAAUUCUGCAUGCGAUAUUGUAACAGCUUCCGAAAAAAGAAGUGAUUUGAUACCUUUGGUUUAUGAAGGGGGGCUUAAAAUUUGGGAAUGCAGCGUUGAUUUGGUGAAAUAUUUGAUGGAAAUUGGACUUGAAUUCAAAGGAAAACGUGUGUUGGAAAUCGGUUGUGGAGCAGGAUUGCCUGGAAUAUUUGCUCUACUAAAAGGAGCUGAAGUUGACUUUCAAGACUACAACGAGGAUGUGAUUCAGUAUGUCACGAUUCCUAAUGUACUGAUGAAUCUUGAUCGGCUAAAAGAAAACACAAACUACGAAUCUGAUCCCCCGUCAUUUGACCUAAAAGAAAUUGCAAGUAAGAGGUGCCGCUUCUUUUCUGGUGACUGGGGAAGUGUCGUGGAUAUAAUAAACCCAAAGCCAGUUAAGGAAAUGAUGUAUGAUGUAAUUUUAACGUCCGAAACAAUCUAUGAAGUUAGCUCACAUGUUAAACUGUAUCACUUUAUCAAAAGCCAUCUUAAGAAACCCAAUGGCGUGGUAUAUGUGGCUGCCAAAACACAUUAUUUUGGGGUAGGUGGAGGUACAAGGAGUUUUGAGAAGCUGGUGAAAACUGAUGGGGUAUUUCAUAUAUCAGCGUGCAAGGUGUACAGUGGUGGUGUUAAACGAGAGAUUUUGUGUAUGAUUAUUGUUUCAUAA